AUGUACUCAAAAUGUGGGAGUAUGGACAGAGCUCUCGACGUGUUCAACGAAAUCCAAGAAACAGACAUCUGCUUAUGGAAUUCUGUAAUCUCAAUUCUCGCCAUCCAUGGGAGAGGCAAAGAAGCCCAAAUCUUCUUUUCCAGGUUGCUAGAAACAAGCACGAGCCCUGAUAGCGUCACCUUCUUGAGUGUUUUGAGCGCUUGCCGGCAUUCAGGAUUGGUUGAGGAGGGCCGCAAAUUAUUCAACCUCAUGAAUGAUUUCUACGGAUUCAAACCCACUUUGCGUGGACUUCAGUGUUCCAAUGUGGGGGCGUUGCUUGAGGCCUCGGCUAGGCUUGGAAAUAUCAGUAUGGGAGAGUACGCAGCGAAGCAUCUAAUGGAGAUAGAUCCGAAUGAUAGCAUGUGCUAUGUGUCUUUGUCGAAUUUGUAUUCAAGAGAAGGAAGGUGGGAAGAUGCAGUCAGGAUUCGUAAGCUAAUGAGUAUCUGUGGAAUGGAGAAGGUCUCUGGUUGCAGUUCUGUUAAAGUUGGAAGCGUAGUUAAUGAAUUUAGUGUGGGGAGGGGACUUAACAGUAUCGAUGAGAAGGAAGAAUCGUAG